AUGUCACAGAAUAGGCCUGGGGUAUUCUCGAGUUUACGCAUGGGUGAAGUCGUUCGCGAAAAGGUCCAGGAUGGACUGACUGGGGAGACCAAGGAGAUCUCAUAUUCACAAUGCAAAAUCGUCGGCAAUGGCUCGUUCGGUGUGGUCUUCCAGACGAAGAUGAUGCCCAGCGGCGAGGACGCUGCCAUCAAACGGGUCCUCCAAGAUAAGCGUUUCAAGAAUCGGGAGCUGCAAAUAAUGCGGAUUGUACGCCACCCCAAUAUCGUGGAGCUGAAGGCUUUCUAUUACUCCAACGGCGAAAGGAAGGAUGAAGUCUACCUGAAUCUCGUUCUUGAGUACGUACCGGAAACGGUGUAUCGGGCGUCGCGGUAUUUCAACAAGCUCAAAACGACGAUGCCAAUGUUGGAGGUCAAGCUUUACAUCUACCAGCUCUUCCGUUCCUUGGCAUAUAUCCACUCCCAGGGCAUCUGCCAUCGGGACAUCAAGCCCCAAAACCUCCUGGUCGAUCUUAGCUCCGGUAUCCUGAAGCUGUGUGAUUUCGGAUCGGCCAAGAUACUCGUCGAAAAUGAACCGAACGUUUCUUACAUCUGUUCGCGCUACUACCGAGCGCCGGAAUUGAUUUUCGGUGCCACAAACUAUACGACAAAGAUUGAUGUGUGGUCGACCGGCUGUGUGAUGGCCGAGCUGAUGCUAGGCCAGCCUCUCUUCCCUGGCGAGUCGGGCAUCGACCAGCUUGUGGAAAUCAUCAAAGUCUUAGGUACCCCCACUCGGGAACAGAUUCGUACAAUGAAUCCCAACUACAUGGAGCAUAAGUUUCCCCAGAUCAAGCCACACCCCUUCAAUAAGGUCUUCCGGAAAGCUCCACAUGAGGCAAUCGAUUUAAUCUCUGCUUUGCUGGAAUACACGCCAACGCAGCGUCUUUCCGCGAUCGAGGCGAUGUGCCAUCCGUUCUUCGAUGAGCUUAGAGACCCCAACACCCGUUUGGCCGACUCCCGGCAUCCCAACAGCCCCCCCAGGGAACUUCCCAACCUCUUCGACUUCUCCAAGCAUGAACUCUCCAUUGCACCAUCGAUGAACAACCGGCUCGUCCCUCCACAUACCCGCUCGGCACUCGAAGCCCGCGGGCUAGAUAUCGACAACUUUACCCCCCUUACAAAGGAUGAAAUGAUAGCGCGCCUUGACUGAGUCACUGUGUGCGGGACUCACGAAGAAACACGCCUGUUUUUAGUGCAACCACUUGCACAUGCAUGCGCUUGAGAAUCGGGGUUCCUUCCAUAUACGAAUUUCGUCCAUGCAUCAGGCAAUUUCAAACUGGGAGUCGGUUUAACCGAGCGUGUAGACCUAUCCUUUUGACAAGGCAUCCAGGAGCUGGCUUCUCUGUGUGGGACAGUGGGUUUGAAAUGACGGACAAGAAAACCAGAAAAAAAAGAAAGCAAAAAAAAAAAAAGAAGAAAAAGGAAAAAGAAAGAAAGAAGAGGACGAACCUUUCCUUUCCGAUUAUGACAUUGAAAUUGGCAAAACGAAAACAACAACAAAAAAAAAGGGCAUCGAGAAGAGGCCAGAACGGGGAAGGAGGGUACAGAAACCGUUUAUUUCUUCCAGGGAGGCAAUGAAUAUGGUUGUUAUGUUUGC